UCUCCUGCAGUUCUGCUUGCCCAAGCCUGUGAAGAUGUCUGCCCCCACUCAACUGCGUGUUAUCAUUGAUGAGACUAAAGUCUACAAGUUGACCCUACCCAUUGGAAUCCCUAGCACUGUUGACGAACUUUUGAUGGCAGCACAGGAAAACUUUGAACUCCAAGGCAGUUUCACUGUGAUGUACAUGGACACAGGAUUUAAUGACCAAUUCUUCACUCUAGAGUCAACCGACUGGAUCAAGGACAAAGACACAAUCAAGCUAGUUAAAAAAGAACCUACUCCUGUUUUUGUUUUUGUCAGUGUUAAUGAGGUGGCUGCCUCCUUCCCACCAGAGCCACAGGAAACCUCUUCCCAGGAUGACAGUUCCUCAGCUUGUUCAUCCGCUAGCACAAUCAUUUUACAGAAGUCACCGGGGUAUCGAGAUCAGCCAUGGCCGACUGACUUUGUGAUACCCACCUUCUCUGAUCAUGUUGAGGGGUACCUUCAAGAUGGAAAUAAGGCUUACGAAAGGGAUGGCUCCCUGCUUCUGGAUCCAAGUUUGAAGUCUGGUGUACUCGACAAGCUUGCUGAAAAAAUCGUCCGCUACACGCCUUAUCCGUCUGGUCUUCAAAUUGAUGCAGCUGCAGAAGCCCUGGUGACCAAGUACCCCUGCCUAAGGGAGCCUGGGACAUCGUCUUCCGGCAUGUAUGGGUGGACGCAGCGACUCAAAUACAAGAUGGCCAACUACCGGUCCAAAAUCAGAAGGUCUAAUGUGCCUUGCCCAGAGCUGGAGAUAAACUCUAUGAGGAGGAAGCCAACAGGAGAGAAGUAUCCUGCGAAGAACUGCAAGAGGCCAAAGAGAGCUGAGGUCAACUACCUGCCUCCACAUCCAAGUGGAGAAACUGGCGACAGUCUGGAGGUGGAGAGACAGGAGCUUCUCAGUUACAUAAAGAAGAAGGACAACACAAAAGUCAUCCAAGAGAAAAUGGCCAAAACCUUCUCCUGUUGACGGCUAGAGGUUG